AUGGCUCCAAUAGCAGUCACUCCCCUCUCUCCCCCUUCGCCCACGUUGGACAACACAUCCAAGUUGACAAAAGCCGGCGCGGAGACCAUCCUUUCAAAGACCAUUUCGAACGGCUCGCCAGCCGUUGCUGAUCUGGAUGCCUCGAAACUCAUCUUCACCAGGAACUUGAGCCCCAAAAACGUGGUAGCCCCAAAUUCACCGGAAGUAUGGAGUCAGAACUACACGAGCGAUCAUAUGCUCACGGUGCGUUGGACCGAGCAAUCGGGGUGGGAGGCGCCUGAGAUUCGACCGUAUGGACCACUUUCCCUCAUGCCAACCGCCUCUGUCUUCCACUACGCUACCGAGUGCUUCGAAGGAAUGAAAGCAUACAGAGGCUUUGAUGGCAAGGUACGAUUGUUCCGCCCCGAAAGGAACGCGAGGCGAUUUCUCCAGUCGGCCACUCGGAUCGCGCUCCCAGGCUUCCCGCCCGAAGAAUUCUUGAAGCUCCUGAAGAAGUUUGUUGGUGUUGAAGCUCCCAAAUGGGUCUCGGAGCCCGGACAGUUCAUCUACCUCAGACCGACGAUGAUUGCCACCGCGCCGGCCAUAGGCAUCCAGAGGCCUCGUGAAGCACUGCUCUAUGUCAUGAUGGUCAUGAUGCCGUCUCUGGGCGACCCGUCUGCCGUACCUCCGAGUGUGACCGCUUCAGCCGGAACCGGAUCCGGCCAGGCGCCAGAAGCGAAGCGUCUGGCUGCAGCAGGCAUGCGCCUCCUUGCGUCCCGACACGACAUGAUCCGCGCGUGGCCCGGCGGGUUUGGGAGCGCCAAAGUUGGCGCCAACUACGGGCCGACGCUGGUGGCCCAAGGCGAAGCUCGAGCCCGUGGCUACGAUCAGAUCCUGUGGCUCUUUGGCGACGAGUGUUUCGUCACCGAAGCCGGAGGGAGCAACUUCUUCGUUUUGUGGAAGACGGCCCAAGGCCGCACGGAACUCAUCACCGCCCCGCUUGGCGACGGCGUCAUCCUCGAGGGCGUGACACGCGCCAGCGUCCUGGAUCUCGUGCGUCGCACCAGGCCCGACGUCGACGUCGUCGAGAGGAAGUUCACCAUGCACGAAAUCGUCCAGGCUGCUGACCAAGGCCGCUUGAUCGAGGCGUUCGGCGCCGGCACCGCCUUCUUCAUCUCGCCCUGCUCCGACAUCCAUUUCCGCGGUGUCGAUGUCUCGCUCCCCCUUGCCAAGGGAGUCACUGCCGACUUUGCUCGGGCGAUCAGACAGGCCUUGAAAGAUAUCAUGUAUGGCAGCCAACAGCAUGAGUGGGGUGUUGUUGUGGAGGAGGAGAAGAUUUGA